AUGAGGAUCCCAAUGUCCGUGACAAGCGAGGAGGACCUUCGAUCGCUGCCACCUGCAGUACGACGAAAGGUAAGGACCAAGAUCUCUUUCGUCUUUUUCUCCUCCCUCAUCUCUUCAGUCUCUCUUUUCUUGCUGUUUACAACUAUCGUGAUCUCCUCCGCAUUCCUCGCCAAAUUUCCCCUCAUCCCGAUUCCACUGCGCUGCCGCUGGUUCUCGUCCUUUCCUCCCCCUCCCUCCCUGUCUCUCUCUCUCUCUCCGAAACUCCCUUGCAGGUCCAAGACGCUUCAUGUCAUGGUCGUGGCCCCCCAAAUGAAAUCAACUCGACGAUCAGCUCGUGGGUCCAACGUAACCGCCCGCGGCUCUCGUGCGGCUGUCACAGAUGCGAUGUUUACGUCCAAUCUGACUGGCGUUUCGUGCUUGUUGGCGAGUGACUCCACUGGACGAGCUCAUUUCUUUGUUUCUUCCAGCUUCUUGACUCCACUCUCACCAUUUGACCCUCCACUAUCGGACCAUGGUUCCCCUUUUUCAACCUCAGUCUCGAGCGCCUUGCUCCCCAGAGCAAGGCUGACGCUGACGCGGACUCCGGCCAAGGGCUCAAGGGCGCUAGGCAAUGUGAACGAGAUGAGGAUGGUCCCAUCACCUUCACAAACCCUGGCUCCCCGUGACCCAAUCCCUGCCCUGCAUCCCCAUGCCCGUGAUAAUUGUGCUGGUCGAUUGACCCACUGCAUCACUCUGUCAAGAAAGAGGCAAGGCGGUUCGGCAGAGGAGACGAGUGCAGCUCACCCCCUGAACCGCCGGGCUGGUCCCAUCACACCCGCUAUCCCCAUCUCAAUCACGUCUCGCCCAGCCACCACGAGGAGAGUCCACCUUGGCUUCCAGUCCCAAGGCCGCACUGAUCGAAUUCUCGGACGCAGCAAUGGAUCUUGGCCCAGAGGCUCCAUUGCACUCCCGAACGAUGAUUUGACUCGCCCGGUUCCUGGGGGGCCCCCAGUGGUUCCAAUGGUCGACGCACGGGUCUUCCCAUCCCCACCCCCCAACAUCCUCCCGUGGGCCAGCGUUCCUGUACCUGAACCACUCAACCACCCACUGACCGUCAAGCAGUUCUUCUCCAAUGUCGAGCGUCUGCGUAUCCGGCAAGCCCAGAGCGAUGGUGUCCCCGUGCGCUCCACCUACUGCGACGACGAUAGCCCCCAUCUGCACCGACACCCACAUCUCCAGGACUACCACCAGUAUCGUUCUCGGACUACCGGGCCCUGUCCCCGUCGAGGAUCUGGCCCCUUCCACCCUGCCUUCCCUCCUCACUACUACCCCUCCCCCAACUGGCCUACUUCUCCCUCUUCUCCCUCUCACCCUCGUGCACUGCGAAACGCAUCAUCCACGUCGCUUCCCCGGCUCCGAAGCCAUCGUUUGGACCAAGGUCCCAGAAGAUCCAACCGAUCGGUAGCCUCCCCGCGGAAAUUGCGCAAGGCAGACGCACGACACCUGGCCUACCUGGUGGCCCAAGCCGACUCCCAAUGCUUUCAUGCUCUCCCUGCUAAGGUUCAGCAACAGCUCUUCUCGCCCGAGGAACGGAGCCGUCUGCGUCACGCCCAUCACGCGAGUGUGAUUUUGGACGCCGCCGACGAGGUCCUGUAUCGUCGGCCCCAUUUUCGUCGCCGGGAAUCCAGCGACAGUUUUCCGUCCGAAACGACCCUCCCUGUGUCUCAGGUAGACACUGUCUUCUACGAUUCGGACUCGGACUACGAGUCGGACGACAGUAUGGAUCCAUCCUUCUAUGACAGCUUCGGGUGGUUUCACGACGAGGCCGAUCUGGAUCUGUCGCUCGACGAAUAUCACGCUCACGUGGCCGAUGCCGCCGCCAAGUCGAAGACUCGCCGUCGCCCUUCCUUUCGUCGCUCUUUGUCAUUUUCGACACAUGCCCUGAAGCAACAUCGAGCGUCUCCGUCCAUGCCCUCGCGCGGGUUUCCAUCCGAUCAGCACCGCUCUCCCCUCCACCCUUUCUCGCCCCCUGGCACACCCCUCACUCGCAGCCCGUCACGGCCGGGAUCCCGUCACCUGUCAACCUUUCAAUAUGCACCUAAAACUUCCGUCUCCAAGAUCGACCCGGCUGCACAAUACUACCAAGAUCCCGACGCGCGUCUGAAAUUGCGGGUCUACCUCGCUUCUCCGCAAAAAUUUGACGAGGCCAUUGAGUUUGGCUUCCCUGCUCUUGAUCAGGAAAAGGAGAACGUGGCGCCGGACCUCGGACACGACCAUGACCACAAUCCAAAUUCCGACCAUCAUGGCGACUUUGGGCCCCCGAGCUCGCCGACGGUGUUUGGUGAUGGCGCUGGCACCUUUUUCGAAGACGAUGAUGGAACCGUCGUCGGCACGCCGAGCGGGUCCAUCGAGGAACGAUCCAUGUCACGAGUCUCGUCACACAGCCGCAACAUACCCCGCGCGUCAGUAGACACCCCGUCGCUGCUGCAAAAUCGCCAGUCUUUCCUCCUCAAUUCAAAAUCCAUCCCCCGGAGAUUACCCGGCAAUCGAGAGAUGACGCUCAAGAUGACCCUGACGCGCCCGGAUCUUCGGACCGAGUCCCCGACUCCGUCUACCCGUUCGUCCCAGGAAGAUCCCCUUCGGCUGGCCGCAUUGCCACCCCCAGAUCGUACUCAGAUGAUCUGGGAUUUGGAUGAGGAUGAUCAUGGGGUGGUGAAGAAGAUGUGGCGAAGACUUCGUAGGCGCAUCUAA